AUGAUCGCUCUGGCUGAUUACGCAGGGCUCUACUUCCAUUUUGACGUGAAGGGCUCGACUCUUAAAGCAGCGGUGGAAGCGAGGAGAGUUGCUGAUGGCGCGAGCAAGGGAUGGUUCGCUAUAGGCUUCUCCAAGACAGGCCAAAUGGCCGGCUCCGAUGUAGUUCUGGGAAAUUACGUUCCGUCCACAAAUAAGAAGCUGCCCGUGGGCUCCAAGCCGGGAACCGGCGGUCCACAACCAAGGCCCAUUGCUUACUUAAGCGUCAACGGUACUAAGAGCGGAAACGGCACCAAGAGUGGUGGGACUGGGAAGAAGGGCAGCGGGGCUGGGAGUGGGAGUAAGAACAGCACGAAAAGCGGUAACAGUGGUAACCCUGGCAGCGGUAACGCGGGCACGGGCGGCAAGCACAAGGGCGCGUUGGUGGGAGCAUUCAACAUGCAGAGCCUGACCAUGGGGACAUAUGCAAUGGCGGACAACUUCAAAAUCGCGAACGCCUCAGUUACAGCUUCGAAGAACGGCACUAUAGUGAGGUUCACAAGGGGCGGGCCUGGCGGGUCGGUACCGGUGAAGUAUGACGGUAUCAACACGCUCAUCUGGUCCUACUCCUCUACUGGCGCUACCAAGGUUUUUGGCGGCCAUCUGAGACACAGGGGCAGUGCCGUGGUAAAUCUGGCGUGCAAGGUCUGA